ACGUCAGGCGACUAACAGCGCUAUACUAAAGUCGCCUAGAGUGAAGGGGCACUAAGGAAUAACCUUUCUACUGCCCCAGGCUCUAUUCUAUUGAUUCUGUGGUAUCUACUAUCUUUUAUCUUACUCGCACUCACUGUUACCUGUAAGGUUAUGUAACAAACGAUAAACCGAUAAAUAAACAUUACGUUGGUAAGUCAUAAUCAAACAGUUUAUAUUCAAAAAAUGGUGCGGUGCGAAUUGUGCAUGGAUUAUAAAGUAGGGCAGUAAAAUGUAAUCACUUCGAAAGGAAAUGUGAAACGAUAAACCAUUUAAAAUAUAAACCUGCUUUCUGAAGUAGAUUGGAAAAUAAAUGAGUGAAGUAGUAGGAGCAAAACAAACAUGACCAUAAGUAUCACAGUUGGCGGUUUCUGUGUAAAGUCAAAUGUAAGCUCUCAAAAUUUACUAUAACAACUACUAGUACUAAAUCGUGAAAAAUUCAUCGCAAUGGAUGAAGGGUUGCCGUCUUGCAAACGUGAGAGGAAGCCGAAGCCGAAUCUAAUGCCCGUUCCGCCUUAUUGUCGUAAAUUUGAAAAUGGAAACUCGGACAAGCAGUAUAAGCCCAUACUGGAAGUUAGCGAUCCAGGGAAAAUUUUGCUACUAACGGAGUCUCUCAUUAAUGUUAGUACAAUCGAGUUGGAAAAAAAGCUCAACAAUUAUGUUAAAAAUGAGACAAAGGCGGAAUUGGUUUUUAUCAUAAACAUAAACUACCUAUCACGUGAUGCAGUUGUACAAGUCCUCGGAGAGAAAGUACUUGAUACUCCCUUUUGCCAUUCCAUAUCGUGUGGAAUACUGAAACAAAUUGUGGACACAAGCCAUUCCGCCCUCCACGAGAUUCACGAAUUCGAAAGCGUGUUGCAGCAGGUCCUCGUCGAUUUACUAGCACCGAGUCAAAAUCCGGCACAAGUUGUUACCGUUCCGAUUCUGUCGAAAUUAAAGAGAGGAGGGGAGCAUCCGGUUUCCGUCUUGAUCUGCGUCGUUAACAGUCCAUGUACGCAAGAAUUCAUAACGAAGGUUGUUAGCGAGACGUACAGAUUUUGCUUGCCUAUUCUCGAUAACACCACGAAAUUGGAGGAGGAGUCUAGAAUUAAAAAGCAAUGUCAGUCGUUGUUGCGCGUGUCUAGGAAAUUCUACUCGCAUCUGGACGACUUGAACGGUCUUCUGAGGGAAAUAAUGGCGGAGGCAAGGAGGCUGACGAAUGCGGAACGAUGUUCUUUGUUUCUGCUAGAUCCCGAACAUCUGCAUCUGGUUGCUAAAGUUUUUGAUGGUGUCAUUCACGAGCAUGUGUCUACCGAGGUUAGAAUAGCAAAGGAUCAAGGCAUUGCCGGUCAUGUUGCGCUGACUGGGAAGCUUCUAAAUAUCAAGGACGCAUAUAGCCAUCCCUUAUUUUAUAAAGGAAUGGAUGAGGCUACGGGUUUUCGAACACGGAACAUCUUAUGUUUUCCUAUCAAAGAUGAGAAGGGUAUAAUUGGAGUUGCUCAACUUUGCAACAAAAUUGACGGCGACUUCGACUUUUUCGAUGAAGAAGUUGCCCUCGCCUUUAGCAUUUAUUGCGGUUUGUCCAUAAUGCAAAGCUUAAUGUACAAGAAAAUGUUAGAAGCAAUGAAUCGUAGCAAAUUAUCCAAUGAACUGAUGUUAUAUCACAUGAAGGUACCGCAAGAGGAAGUAUCAAAAGUUCUUCUCUGCACAAACCGGCAUUCGUAUUUAAAUUACGACAGCUUUAACUUCAUGCCAAAACGAAUCAGGGUGUCCGAAACACCGUGUCAUAUCAUAAAAAUGUUUGAAGAUUUGAAUUUCUUCAAUACAUUGCGCAUCAAAAGAGAUGUCUUGGUCAAAUUUAUGCUGUACGUGAAGAAGGGCUACCGAGACCCGCCCUAUCACAAUUGGAUGCACGCUUUUUCCGUCACACAUUUCGGAUACGUUCUCAUCAAGCAAUUGAACUUGAUCGAAGAAGGGUAUUUGACGCCUUUAGAAGCCAUGGCAUUUCUUGUUUCUUGUACAUGUCACGAUAUCGAUCACAGAGGAACCACAAACUCCUUUCAAAGCGAAUCUGGUAGCGUUCUUGCAAAUUUAUAUUCCAGUGAAGGAUCCGUCAUGGAACAUCAUCAUCUUUCGCAAUCGCUGCAUAUCUUAAACACAGACGAUUGCAACUUUGUGGAAGGAUUAUCGCACGAAGAUUACUUACAUUUUCUAGAUUUAUUCAAGAAAUAUAUUUUAGCUACCGACUUAGCGCACCAUUUCAAUUUGUUUGAAAUACACAAAGACAUGGUGGAGAAUGGUUUCGAUAAAACUAAUCCAGAUCAAAAGUACGCAUUUAUGUGUCUGUUAAUGACAUGUUGUGAUUUGUCUGACCAAGUAAAGCCUUGGGAAGCAAUAAGAAUCGUAGCAUUACAACUAUACAACGAAUUCUUUAAACAAGGAGAUUUAGAAAAGUCUAUGGGUAAAACUCCCGCUGCCGGUAUGAACAGGGACGAGGCGUGCAUUCCAGAUUUACAAAUACAGUUCGCUACCGACAUAUGUACACCAAUUUUUAGUACUUUGGCAAGCUUAUUCCCUAAAGCGGAGGCGCUGAUGAAUAAUAUUAAUAGGAACGUACUCUGUUGGAAGGCCUCAAAAGUAGUUUAUCCCAAAUUAACAAAAUUGGGCAUGACUUCACUCGACAUACUUAACAGCACGCAAGUGGAUGACGAAGUUAAGAAGUUCCUAAGAUCGCGCCCAUCAUUCACAAAUAUAAUUGAAGAGUUUGAUUAUGAUACAGAGACGGAAUAGAAUAGCUGAAAAUCAACUUUUUGUGCCAAGUACAUUUUAGCAUGCAAUAAUUUAGUAAUUUACAGCAAUGAAAUCUUAAUAAAAUUAGUUGUCGUUAUAUUUAUUAGUUGUGAUAAUAUUGUUUGUGUGUCUACCUCGUUUAAAUAUUAUGCUAUAGGUUCUAAACUGUAGCUAUAGUUAGUCAAAUAACAAUGAUAAUGUUACAUAUCAUAUUUUUAAAGACUAUUAAAUGUUUAAACAUUUUCA